AUGGCUAGUUGGACUGCAGAUGUGAAGAACGGAUGGAAGCGAGGUCGCAUGGUCUUGGAGUAUAUUAUGGGAUUAUGGUUUGUACAUAAUUGCAACGAUCAACAUGUCCCGCUCCAAGUCCCGGCGUUGCUGAAGAAGCUUUCGGCGACGUUCAUGGACAUUCGGUGGUAA